CACAGAGACCCAGAUAGAGAAACACACUGAGACACAGAUAGAGAAACACACAGAGACACAGAUAGACUGGAGUUCUUCCACUGCUGCUUGUGAUCAGCAGCUACUUCGUUUUUUUUAAACACGUCCUCAUUUAUUUUUGACAUUUUAUUUUAGUUGUAUAUCUACCCGAGUCGGUGCAGAGAUGUUGCCCGGCGUUAUUGCUCCUCCCGCCAUGUAUCCCAACCUGCUGUCUCUGCCGCGGACUUUGCGCUCGGCCUUCACGGCGCCGUCCAGCUUCCGUGUGGAGGACCUGUUGCGCAUCGGCCGCGAGACCUUCCCACCACCGCUUCCGUCGUCCGCAAGCCCCAACUCCCACGAGACAGCGCUCGUUUCCUCCGGGAUCGACAGAAGCAGCUCACCGCCACAGACCAUCGCAAUCAACACGACCACACACACCCACACACACACCCACACGCACACACACACUGAGCCCGGAUACCUGAAGUUUGGGGUGAACGCCAUCCUCGCACCAGAUGUCAGAAACGCAUCAUCUCCACCUGCUCUGCAUGGCAUGAGCCCCAAACACUUUCCCUUCCCAUGCUUUGAUGCUUCAUUUCAUCCGUUCAUCAGAGCUGCCUAUUUUCCUGCUUCAAACUCAGUGGUCCCAAUACCGGGAACCUUCUCAUGGCCACUUUCGGCCAGAGGAAAGCCCAGGAGAGGGAUGCUGAGGCGGGCCGUGUUUUCAGAUGUACAGCGCAAAGCCUUGGAGAAAAUGUUUCAGAAGCAGAAAUACAUCAGCAAACCGGACAGGAAGAAGCUUGCUGCUAAACUGGGCCUGAAAGACUCUCAGGUAAAAAUAUGGUUCCAAAACCGAAGAAUGAAAUGGCGGAACUGCAAAGAGAGGGAACUUUUGUCUUCAGGUGGCUGUCGAGAACAAACUCUACCCACAAAGACGAACCCUAAUCCAGAUCUCAGCGACGUCGGAAUAAAGUACGAGAAUCUUGACAGGGACAGCCCACAUGGUGCCUUCUACCAUCCUCACAUAGGCAAAGAUCUUGAAAACGGCUCAGAUUCACUCCUCACAUCUCCAUCACACUCCAGCAAGAACUCGGACUCGUCAGAUGACGAAGAAAUCACUGUAUCAUAGGCACAAAAAAAAAAGACUUUGAGUUAUGUCAGAUUAAUCCAAAUGGGGUAGGUCCUACAGACUGAAUCAAACCAAGAUACCGUCAACAGCUGUAGGAAAGUUUUGGCACCUGUGCACUGAUUAAAUAUCAUGCAUCAUCAUUAAAAUUAGGAUUUUUUCUUUCUUUUUUUUCCCAGUAUGUAUGUUAAAGUGAUACAACCAGGAGAGAUGUGUUUGCUGGCCUGGCUGAAGAUUAUUUUAAAUAUUUUUUUAAAUUGUUGGCUUCAUUUACAAUGCAGUCUAUCGAUGUCCUGCACAUUUAAUGACUUCACUCGUUUCAUAGCAUCUGCAUCUGAGACUCAUCUAUUUAACAAAUGAGCAGCUUUAAUUAGCUGCAUCACUUUAACACUACACCGAAAAUUAAUAUGAUGGAAAAAAAGCAUUGGCUAUACACGAAAAAUUUCAGGCUGCUGAUGUGAAGGCCUUUACUGUGGCUGCGUUUUCUGCAGCCGUAACAUUUCAUAUACUAUUUUGUAUGAAGAUAUUUGAAAUAUUUUGUAUGGAACAUUUUAUAGCCAAACAAGA